AUGCGUGAGGGGGAAAAGGGAGCAAAGGUUCACGGGCUUGCGAUGGAUGCGCAGGAGGUGGGGUCAGCUGCCGUGGGCAUUGUGCAACCGAUGCAGCGCUGCCUUGUGGUUCACACGGCAACGGCAGUGCCAUUCUCCACCAAUGUCUUUUGCAACCCAGACAGGGUGGUGGAUGAUCUGAGGAAACGCAUGCAGGAUGGAGAGGUUUCCCCAGAUGGGCCUUGCGUGUGGGUGGACAUGCAGGGAUGCACCGAUGAACAGAACAGGAAUGUUCUCCAGCUGCUCUUCCCAGACCUGCAGCAAAGUCAGAUAGAAUGGAUGAUCCGAUGUGACACAUAUGAUACGGUGGAAUUGCAGCCGGUGAAGGGAGAGUACCUCAUUGGGAGCCUCGCAUGUCCUCCCAAUCGCGGUCCCUCCCUCUCUGCCCCCGCCGCGUCGGAGGUGGAAAAGGAGAAUACAGUCGUCUGCACCUUUGCAUGCAACGACCGUUUUUUGGUGACGAUGCAUGCAGCCCCGUUUGUCGGACUCGCGGAGCUGCUGCGACACGUCGAAGUGGAGGGAUCUGGGGGGCAUCGCGGCGGCGCGUCUGCAGCCCCCAACACCGCAUCGCCGCAGAUGCAAAGAUCCAUCGCCCCGGCUCCAUCACUGCGGGGCAUCACAAGUGCCGCUAUUCUCUCCCUGUUGGUGUGCUUCACCUGCGAGGCCUUCCUUCCCGAUCCCACGUCUCUGCUCGCCGAGGUGGGUAACAUUGACGAAAUGGUGCUCCUCAUCUCCCCUGGCGAGCAGGACCAAAGGGAUCUUCUUCGCCGCGUGGCGCUCUUACGCCGUCGUAUAUCAAACUUUCGUACGGGGUUGUACUUGAAGGAAAAACUUUUACAGGAACUUAUUGCGCCAACGAUGCGUUUGUCCUUUGUGGCAAAGGAGCCAGACACCGUGCGGGACUAUAAAGAGACGUUGGAGAAGGUGCGGCAGGUGUCAGAGCGACUUGAUGACGCCCGUGACAUGCUCAAUCAGGCGAAUUUGAAUUUUGUCACUGGCGUCUCGAUGCGGAUGGCGCAGGCAUCGGCGGGGCUCGAUUUCAAGAUGUCUCUGUUGAAUCAGCUGGCCGCUAUUUGCCUCCCGAUUCAUCUUGUCAUUUCAGUUUUCGGUAUGAACUGCAAAGUGCCGUUUAACCGCGAUGAAUACCCCACACUUGUCCCGUUUUGGAUUAUCUGCGCGGCAUUUGUUUUCUGGGCGCUUCUUUGCGCAUCCCCGCUGCUCCGUAUUGCUAUUCAGGGUCUCCGGGCAACCCCUGUCACAUCGUACGAGUGA